UCAUAGCUUCAAAUCCUGGUUCAGGGAGUUAACCUUCUGUGUUCUAGAGUGGAGGCAGUGAGACCAUGACACAACGUCGUUGUGAAGCAAAACCUGGAGGAGGGAUGUACCAGGGACCUAUUGUUAGCACGAGAAAAGAUCAUGAUUGUAUCCUGCCUCUACAAUUGGGCUCGUUACGGUUUGGAAUUGUAUUUCCAUUGGCAUGGAUGCUACAAGAUAUGGUUGAGAUGGGACGAAAUCAGUGGUGGUUUAUUUUACCUGUUCCACGAGGGAUCCUGGGUGGUGCUUUCGACCGCGAGAUAUUAUUUCGUAUUGCACAAAGAAAAAAUUAAUGAGUUGAAAUUCAGCACAUUGAAAUGGCGAAUGCUUUCGGCAGCUUGGAUAUUUUAUCUACUCCACUACCUAUCAAUGACGGGGACAUGGAUUGCAUUGGCAGGAACGAUGGGUUGGCCAGAGAAAAAUCAAGCAGAGUUCACUUUCGUGAACAAAGUAAUCAUUCACAUCCAAAUCGCAAUAUUCAUGGCGUUUCCGGAUCUCGUCAACGUGUUGAUCUAUUUCCAAUUGCGGAAAUCUCAACAGAAGAACUUGAUUCAUCCCCAAAGCUCUUGCAGUUCAGUAGUGAACAUCAGCCAAGACCUUACAGUAGCUCAUUUUGGAGGAGUUUAUGUAGGCGAGCCUCUACCAGACUUGGAGCAGGGCCAGUCGCUCGAUCAUCUUCAAUAUCAAAACACACUUCGCCAAGAAAAGGAUGAGUUGGACAUGGCCAUAAACGCGUUACAGACUCAUCUUUGGGCGUGCUUUGGCGUGAUACCGGUGAUGUUUUUCUCAAUGCUACCAGAAGGAUUUACUCGGACCAUUUUGGUGUCGAUUUCGUUAUCAGUCCAUCGGGCAUAUCUACCCCUGUUACUGGCCACGCGAAAUUUUGGACAGUUGUCCAAAUACUGCCGAAUCUAUUUUUCUGACAUCUUCAAGCGCAAACCAUGUUAGUUCGUGUCAAGAGACUGUAAUUUCAAAUUAUCCCUUGAUCUAUAUUGAAAAGGAAUUCGGUCCAAAAGAACUUAAGGAGCGAGUUGCUUAAUUCAUUUUACCACCAUGAAAUCAUGUGUAUUAACGACAAUAAAACAGAAAUUCGAUCC